AUGAGCGAUUAUAAUGUAUAUAUGGCUAAGGAUAGCACAACUACUUAAUCUUUUUUAAUCACUCUUAUUGAUGGAACUGGCUCUAUGUCGAGUGAAUAUUAAGUUAUUGUAGAUGCUCACAAUACAACCUUUUUUGAUCUUGGAUAAAAAUAGAUGAAAUAUUAAUGGGAAGAAUAAUUAUAUGAUCUUCAUCCAUUUAGAUGUGCAGGCAGUGGAAAUAUCACCUUAACUUUUAAGACAAUUUUUUAAAAAUUAUUAAACAAUGAAUAUCCAAAAAAUAUCACAAUUGUAUUUAUUAGUGAUGGUCAAGAACGUUUUGAAUUUGAUGAAUUAAAAAUAUUGAUUGAAUAAAUGAAAUUGAAAUACUUAAUUUAAUUUAUAAGUGUAGCUGUUGGAAACUAGUUUCCAAAUACAAUAUCCAAUAUUUUAAGAAACUCCAUACAUAAUUAAAAUUCAAGUUGCCCCACCAUUUUCGAAGUGGAAAGAGGGGGAAGUUCUCAAUAGAAAUUAUAACAAGAAUUCACUACAAUAUUUUAAUAAAUUAAAUAGCUUCUUAAUGUAUAAUUAAAGCAUUUUCAAGUUAACUAACCAGUUUAUUAAACAAUAGCAUCAAAAGUAACUACAUAGACGGUCGUACCUAAUGAGCCUUUUCUUACCAAAGAUGAUGGUAAUAACAAAAAUCUCCAGUUAGAUGGAGAAUAAAUUAAACCUACAUUGAAUCCUCUUCACAUUGGAUAACUAAUACAAAAUUCUGUAUAAUAGGAAGUAAUUGAAGCUGCAACAAAAAAGGACCCAAAUAGUGGAUAAAACUUUGAAAAAAUGAAAGCUGUAGUUUAAUAAAUUGUAAGCAAGAUCGAGAUCAAUAAUGAAGAAAAGGAUUAAGAAACAAUAAAAGUACUAGUUCCUCUUUUGGAUUUAGUGGAUAAAUUUGCAGAAGGAAAUUUAAGAGUUUAAGAUUUAGAUGAAAAGAAGAUGACUAUGCUUCAAAAGAAUAUCAAUUAAAAAGAUGAAAUUACUUAAUUUAUUGAUAUUUUUGCAAAAGAUAAUCAUGUUGAAUAAAAUCAAUCAAAAGGGAAGGUUGAAAUAAAUCUACAAACAAAACUUAAUAAAGCAAAAUUAGGUUGCUAUGUUCGAUCAAAUAUUACAAAAAAACCUUUAGAUCUUUGUUAAUCUAUUUGGUAGAUUGUUUCCCAAAGUUUAAUUGACUAUUAAAAACUAAUAGAGAAGGAUUAAACUUAAGAUAUUAAAGCACUAAUGAUAGAGUUCAAAAACAUUUUGGAUUAAUAAUUAGAAAAAAUAUUUAAGUAUCAAAAAUUUGAACAAUUAAAUCAAAAAAAUCAAAUUAUCCUAAGUAAACUGAACGAAAUUCUUAGAAGAAUAACAAAACUAGUUUCUUAAAAAACCCCAAUUAAUAUAAUAGAUUUAAUUAGUAUAAUAGAUUUUAGUCAAAACUUUAAUGUAGAAAAAUUUGAUAUAGAAGCACAAUAAAAAAUAAUUGUUCCAGAAAUAAAUUAAUAUGACUAUUUACCUAAAUCUAUACAACCUAUUAAUUAAAAUAAUAAUGUAAGAGUAUCUUAUAUUGCUACUUAUGCAUUACUUUUAUUAGGAGGAAAUAAAUAACCAAGUAAAUAAUAUAUUUUAUGAUUUUAGCUAAGGAUGACGUUGCUCAUGUACUGUAAGUGGCUGAUAUUGACCCAAAUCUAUUUGAAAUUGAAACUCUAGUUGACACUCUAAAGGAUAAAGAUUUAAAUUAAAUAAUGUAAGAAGGAAAAUUAAAAAUGUCAUAACUAAAUAAUUGA